AUGUCCACCGUCCUCAACACCCAGCCCGAGAAGGCUUUCCAGAAGCAGCAGAUCUUCCUCAACCCAAAGGCACUCCGAAAGGUCACCCGUGAGAGGAGGUGGUACAAGGACAUCGGUCUGGGUUUCAAGACCCCCACCGCUGCCAUCAACGGAGAGUACAUUGACAAGAAGUGCCCCUGGACCGGCAAUGUUGCCAUCCGUGGACGUAUCUUGGCCGGCCGUGUCAUCUCCACCAAGAUGACCCGUACCGUGGUGCUGCGACGAGAGUACCUGCACUACGUGCCAAAGUACAACCGUUACGAGAAGAGGCACAAGAACCUGGUUGCCCACUGCUCCCCUGCUUUCCGUGUAGAGGUCGGUGACGAGGUCACUGUUGGCCAAUGCCGUCCUCUGUCGAAGACCAUCCGAUUCCAGGUCCUCAAGGUGACAAAGAACAAGCGUGCCGAGAAGGCCGCCAAGCAGUUCGGAAAGUUCUAAGCGGUCUCGCCCUAGUUCUAGUGGAAUAGAAACAGCUUGGUCAUCACUUGACGUAUCGCUUAGGUGGAUGAUGUCGUCGCUGUGAUAUUUCUCGCUGGUGGAAGGGAAGCGGCAGGCUGCACGGAGGGCAUUCGAUGGGUUACGAGCGCUCAUCAACCUCUGGCUAGGCCACUACUACCCCCUCUCACCCUUCCUUACCCACCUACCCUUGUCCCUCACCAUUGUAUGAUCAUCAUCUCUCCUUCUUGUUCAACAAAAGGCAUUGCUCGUCUCCUUCCG